UGGGUUGGAGGUGGUGCCUGCCGCGGCGGUGACACAAUCAGCGAAAGCGUUGGGGUUCGGCGUGCGGGUGGGCAUGCGCAGUAAUGGAGGUGGUGGUUUGAGAAGAAUGAAUGCAGGCAAUGAGGAGCUCCUGGGUGUUUACUAUCAGCCAGACAGUGUAUUCCUGGAAAGUGGAUAUUCUGCCUCAAACAGCUUGUAUCCUGGUCAGGAAGAUAAUGACACCACUUCGGAAAAGGUUCUGGAGGAGUGGACACUUCCUACAGCCCCUGUGAGUGGCUCAGUGGAGGGUCUGAACGAGAGUGAAUCCGAAGAAGUGUUCCAGACAAUGAUUAAUCCCAAUGAGGUUCUGAGCAGCUCAAUGAACACCCUCGAAGCAGCUUCAGAGACUGACAGUGGAAUUUCAGAUGACCACCGUCCAGAGACACCUCAGCCAAGUGAGCAGGGACCUGACACUGGGACAGGGCAAAGCAUGCUCUACCAGCUUGUAUAUGGAGUCAGCAACAUCAAAACCCAGGGAGCAGCCAGCCACGGUGACCUGGUCUCCAUUGAGCUCGGGGGAUGGAAUACAGCAAUGCUGCUCCCAGAGGCCUGUAUUGUGGACAGUGCGACUGAUCUGACAGGCUGUGUGAAAAGACCACUCAGUGUGACAGACAGUGACAAUGAAACUGCUGACUGCCUCAUGCCUUACCCUGAUCUGAUACUGACCGAGGAGGAGAAGCGACUGCUCACUCAGGAGGGUAUCGUGCUGCCCAGUAACCUACCCCUGACCAAGGUAAGCUGCCAUUUCUUUCUGAAAUCCACAGGCAGCAUCAGGGCUGGCAGGAACUGGGUAACACCAGCUUUAAAUAUUCGAGAGUGAGGGGGGAGCAGAAAGAGGUGACAGUGGUUGGGGAGUCCAAGGAGGAAAUGCCAGGUAGCUGAGGGCUGCUCGCUAACGGUGAAGCGAUGUUGGAGGUAUGCUGAGAAAGGAUGUGGGAUAACCAGAGUGGGCGCAGGAGGACCGGGAGAGAGCAGUUUGUAUAAGGUCCCAAUGUCCACUUUAAGAAGGAUGUGCUGAACAAUACAAACAGACACCGUCGGUGCCCAAGGAGGCUGUUCAGCCCGUCUGUAACAGGGCUGAUUGGUUUGUGUUCGGAAUUCCAUAUUCCCACCAACUCGUGAAGAAACCCUCAGUCCCACCUGCCAAAUCUCGGAAAUGUCCAGUGACCCCGGCGAACAAGAACAGUUACCGGAUUGAGGGAUUUCAAGCCAGUAUCGGGAUGGGAGAAGCUGGGAGUGUUCUCCUUGGAGUGCUCAGAGUGAGAGGUGAUUGUGACCGAGGUGCUGACAUUCGCGAGAGGUUCAGACAGAAUCACAAGGGAGGCAGUCUGCCCACUGGGGG